UUUCUUUGCCCAAGGCAAACACUGAGCAUUUGAGAGCCAUGAGAAUGCUUCUGCAUUUGAGUUUGCUAGCUCUUGGGACUGCCUGUGUUUCUGCCAUGGCUGUACAAAGUCCCAUGAAUAGGCUGGUGGCAGAGACCUUGGCACUGCUCUCCACGCAUCGAACUCUGCUGAUAGGCGAUGGGAACCUGAUGAUUCCUACUCCUGAACAUAACAAUCACCAACUGUGCAUUGAAGAAGUCUUUCAGGGUAUAGACACACUAAAGAAUCGAACUGCACCGGGGGAUGCUGUGGAAAAGCUGUUCAAAAACUUGUCUUUAAUAAAAGAACACAUAGACAUCCAAAAAAAAAAGUGUGGUGGAGAAAGAUGGAGAGUGAAAAAGUUCCUAGACUACCUGCAAGUGUUUCUUGGUGUAAUAAACACUGAGUGGACAACAGAAAGUUGAGACAAAACUGGCUUGUUGUAGUGAAAGAUUUUGGAGGAGAAGAUUGUUAUUUUUUGCACUGGGAAUGAGGACCAACAAAGAGUGGGGCCUUAAUGAUCAGUGUAAUUAAACUUAAGAGGCAAAGCAAUUAUUUCAGGCAUACUGCUACUUUGCCACCUCACAUAGGCAGAAGGGAGAAAAAUAAAAUAUUUGAGGUAUAUUUCAGAUAUCAGAAUCAUCAAAGUCUUUCCUCCAGUGUGCUCCAGGCAAAAUAAACAUGUACUUUAAUCUUAUUUAACACAACAUUCUGUAAAAUGUCUGUUAACUUAAUAUUUAUUUAUGAAAUG